CUUGUCACUUUCCUUGCUUAAACGCCAAGCAAGGUGAAGAGACCGACGAGGCCAAAACUUGCGAAUCUGAAAUGCAAAGAUCCAAAAGUCUCUAUUAAAGAUGGAAUCAAAACCCUUCGGUUCUAUUGAAUUCUUUAUCAUUACUCUUCUCCUCUGUGGAGCAAUUCAAUUAGCGAUUUGCAGAUCGGAAGAGAUAAGCACGAUGAAGCUAGGAGGCGUUCAUGAUCUCCGAGGAAACCAGAACAGUGGAGAGAUCGAGAGUCUUGCUCGAUUUGCCAUUCAAGAGCAUAACAACCGACAGAACAAGGUUCUUGAGUUCAAGAAGAUUGUAAAGGCAAGAGAGCAGGUUGUUGCAGGAACGAUGUACCACUUAACUCUAGAAGCAAACGAAGGUGGGCAGGCUAAGAAUUUCGAAGCCAAAGUGUGGGUGAAGCCAUGGAUGAAUUUCAAGCAGCUUCAGGAGUUUAAAGAAUCCUCUACUUGAAAUUCACUAGUUCAAAGGUAAUCCAAAUCCAAAAUGUUUCUUUUAAAUUCUGUAAGAAUAAUACGUCUGAGAUAGCUUGGUUUCAGACCCAGUGUGUGUAAUGUAUUGUUUAUAGACAAAACCUGAAUUUAAUGUAGUAAUCAAGAAACUUGUUCUGUUUCUUGCAAUAUACUUAUACGUAUA